AUGUGCAAACACACCUACCACCACUAUCCCAGCUGCGGACACAUCUCCAACUGGAGCCUGAUCAGCUGCCAAGAAUACACCAACAAGCUCCGCCUGGCCGGUCCAGAGCGCAGCGCAUCCUGCACCCAGAUCACAUCCUCCCACGACCUCCUCCUCCCUACCCAACCCAGCAUGUGCGUGCAGUGCGAGAGCGAGUGGGCUGAGAACUUCUCCAGAAACGACCAGAUCCAACCCUCCAACUAUUACCGGUCAAUCGAGGGUAUAGAUUCUAGGCAAAUUAUCGAAGUUAACGCGCGCAUGUUAAGCGACCCUAUUCACGACGACAGGGACACAAGCAGUACUGACCACAGCGACAAUGGCCAGGUCUUCUUGGGUGCUGCCGUUGAUAAUUCGGGAAAUGGGGACGCGGACAGUGCUGGCCACAGCGACAAUGGCCAGAUCUACUCGCGUGCUGUUGUCGGAGAAUCGGAGGAGGAUUGCGGAAGCCUGGCGUGUUCUGAUAAGUCGUCUAGAACGGCUUUUAAGUUUUCCCGUACUAAUACCAGUUCGCCGGUGGUGGCUGGAGAUCUUGAUUCUUUUAUCUCUACUAUCGUCAGGACCAGUCCGGAUUAUCUCGCACACAGCGGACAUGAAAAGGACAAUGCUGAAACUGAAACUCUGGACAUCGAGGAUGCUGUAUGUGUAUCCCCCAGCGAUACAAGUAGCUAUGACACAGACAGUUCUGGCUCGUCGCUCUGUGGAUCGUCUUUGAUAAGGUAUAACAUACUUAAGCUGAGAAUUGACGAAUAUCUUGAAAAGCGACAGCGACAGCGGGAGGUAGACACUGACCAUAAACAGCACGAUACUAAGACCUCUAGUGUGGACAUGAACAUUUACCUUGCUGACGUAGUUGACCCCUAUGUUGCUCUGAAGGACACACCUCCUGCAGACCCAGUUGGUAACCCUGAAGCUGACCAUCACUCAUGCGACGAGCCCACUCUUGACAUUGACAUUGUGCAGCAGCGUAUUGAAGCUACCAUCCUAAAACGCAUUGAAGAAAACAACGAAAAGGAAGCUCGGCAGGUAGCCAUCUCCAAGCUCCUAGACACCGCACUUCUAAAGAAGGACCGAUACGACCGGCGCGAGCGCAACGCCGAGCUCGGCAUCGAAGAGGACCCCCAUCUCUGGGACACAGAGUCCCUCGACCGAAUGUGGCAAGCAAAAGAUUAUACUACUGUAACCACCGCUGACGCCAGCAUCCCCGUCCCCCCACGGACCUGUACAUCCCCCCAGACCAAACAGGUCUCACCAACCUCAAACCCAGCCCCCCAGCCCCAGAAGCACCUGUACAUGGGCAGUAUGUUCGCCAGCGAAGAACAAGCCUACCAACGAGGACUGCGCGAAGUCCGACCCUACGGUAAUUACUCCGGUGAGUCUGAAGGGUUCAUGCUAGCCCUCUCCAUAGACGACGCGAACCGGCAGGGCCUGCUAGACCCAAUUCACGUGCGGGGCUGCUGCACGGAGCGACGCGCCGACUUCCACCUCUACUACGGGGCGAUGCAAGCACCGUCGGAGGUCGAAGCAGAAAAACGUUGGCUGGAGGAUAUCCGACGGAUCCCCGGCGAAAAUGGGAAUUUCUACGGGUUGUUGCGGGCGGAUGAUCUGCAGCAUGCCCGGGCAAUGGGACUCACGGAUAUCAGCCAUCCAUGGGGGUGUUGCAAGGAUGGGCUUUUUGCUAUGCCGGAGCGUGUGCGUCAUCGGUACACUGGGUUCAUGUGUGCGAUCUCAUUGGAGGAGGUUGGACAUAUGGGACUGUGUGAUGCGGAGCCAGUUCCUGGGGAAUGUGGCGAAUACUACGGUGGGACUUAUUAUGGGUAUCUUGAGGCAUAUUGUGAGUUGGAUGCUUUUCAGAUGGGAUUGAAGGAGCCUGAACAUGAUUGGGAUUGUUGUGUGAAGGCCGAGGUUGCCGAUGUGUCGAUCACUGAAGCGGGGCAGUACACGUAUUACGGUUAUAUGUAUGCAGGUUCUGAAGAAGAGGUUGUGGAUAGGGGCCUCGAGGAUGUUCUGCUCGUUCCUGGAUUUGAUAUAAAGUAUUCUGGGAAUUUACGGGCGGACUCCGAGGCGCAGGCGAAAGCUUUGGGGCUUUUUGAGCCUUCACGUAUUAAGUGA